AUGGCGAUUACUGUCUAUUUCAUCGCCACUAGCCUCCCUGACCGCCUUGCCUCCGUUCGUGACGCGCUUCUGCUGAAGCACCCUAGUGAGCUGACUAUCGAGGUCCUUGAGUCUGCACUCAAGGACGUCGAGAGCAACCUUCGUUCGGUAGCUGCCGCCUCUGGUACUGUGUCCCCCCCACUCUUCCACGGGUGCACAGUCCCGCAGUUACCCACCUUCACUGCCUCUCUUGCCACUGCCGCUACUGACGCGACUGCGGCUGCUGUUACGACUGCGUCGCGGUCCCGCGGCAGGGGGGGCAAGAAAGGUGGUUCUGGUGGAGGUGGAGGCGGAGGUAGCGGAGGUAGUGGGGGUGCUGUUGCGACUGGCGGUGGUGGGAGUGCAGCGUCUGGAGAGACCCCUCGUGCAGCGGCUGGUGACUCCACUGCACCUGCUGGUGGCGGCGACCCCCGAGCUCGUCAGUCGCCUCCUGUACUGCCGGCCCCGCUAGGUGGAGCAGCGGCGUGGUACCAGGCUCAGCGGCAGCAGCACCUUCAGCAGCAGCAGCAGCCCCUUUCCUCCCAGCAGCCUCAGCAGCAGCAGCACCGUCAGCAGCUGGCUCCGGGGUCGGGGCUGCGUCAGCCCCAGCCGCGGUACUGCUUACCCUCCCUGCCCCUACCAGCGACUACCUCAGAGGACGCUUCGCUGUCGUUCACGCUGGACUCUGGAGCCUCCCACUGCUUCUUCCGGGACAGCACGACACUUACACCACUUCCUGCGCCUGUUUCUGUUGCGUUGGCUGAUCCCACUACGGGACCAGUCACUGCACGUCACACUACCACUUUACCGUGUCCUGCUGCUCCCUCCGGUCUCUCACUGGGUUUCACGUCCCCUCGUUCUCCCGGAACUUGGUGGGCGUGCGACCCCUUGUGA